UGCACUGAUCUGGUCCCCAGAAGGCCAGGCUGCAGCAGGAGUAGGAGAGCAGAGGGGAAACUGAGGCAAAAAGCCAGUCCAUGAUUCCAGAGUCCUCCUGGUACCUGACCUGGAGCGGAAGCAAUUCAAUGACAGGCUGAGUGACAGCUGGUACUGGGACCAGCAGACCCAGGCUGGGCAAUCUCCCAGGACCUUUCUAACCCUACAGUAAGGAGAUAUGAACCCACAUCCUGUCCAGCUACCACGUGACAUGGUCGGAGAGACCUCAGGAGUCCUAGAACUAGCAGGAGCUAGGAAAUAGAUGGGGCUGGGAAUUAUUAGUAUAUUAGAGAUCUUCACUGUGGUUUCAGAAUAGGAAAAGACAAGCCAGAAAGAGGAGGCACAGCAAAAGCACCAUCUCUCCCUGAGGGCUCCCCAACAGAAAUCUGGUGCUUAGAGAGAAAGCAGGCUCCACCUUCCCCUUUUCUCUCCAACCUCACCAAGUGGCAUCAGUAACCCUGAAGAUCAACGUUCCAGGUUUGUGUCCUGAGUUCAGUGACCUCUCCUUAUUGCAUGUGAGGGUGACGCAAUAGACAGAAACCUCAGCUGAUCCCCGCUCUGCAAGCGGCUCCCUUUCUGCCACUCUGUCUAGUAGCAGCAGCCUGAUGACUUUUCCCUCACACUGGACAAAAGGAAACUUGGGGGAAGGGUGGGUUGUCAACCUCCCUGAUGACCCCCUGAAUUGACUCCUCAGGGACCCCUGUGCAGCGUCCUGGUGAAACGUUUUGGCUGCCGAGUGACCAUGAUGCUGGGGGGUAUACUGGCCAGCCUGGGCAUGGUGGCCAGCUCCUUCUCUGGCUCCCUCUACCAGCUCUUCCUCACAGCAGGACUGAUCACAGGCCUGGGCAUGUGUUUCAGCUUCCAGUCAAGCAUCACAGUGCUGGGCUUGUAUUUUGUCCAGCAUCGGCCGCUGGCCAAUGCACUGGCCUCCAUGGGCAUGUCCAUGGGCGUCACCCUCUGGCCGCUGCUGGCCCGAUAUCUUCUGGAAACCCUGGGCUGGAGGGGUGCCUUCCUCAUCUUCGGCGGCGUCUUUCUCCACUGUUGUGUGUGUGGAGCCAUCCUGAGGCCUGUUGCCACCAACAUGGUUCCCGAGCCCAAAGAAGAUCCCCCUCUACCGCCCAAGACACCUGCGCGCAGCUGCCUGGCAACAUGUGUCUCAACUAUCCAGCACCACCUGGCCUUUGACAUCCUUUGGCACAAUAUGGGCUUCUGCAUAUAUGUAGUGGGUAUGACAUGUAUGCACCUAGGUUUUCCACUGCCGCAUAUCUUCCUAGUACCAUAUGCUAUGCACCAUGGGAUGGAUGAGUAUUGGGCAGCCAUGCUCACCUCAGUCGUCGGCUUCUGCAACAUCUUCUUGCGGCCAGCGGCAGCGCUGCUGGCAGGCCGGAAGAGCUUGGCUGCCUCCCGGAAGUACCUGUUUACCGUGGCGAUCCUCGUCAAUGGACUCACCAAUCUAAUAUGCACUGUGUCCGCGGACUUCCGGGUGCUUCUGAGCUAUUGCCUGGUGUACAGCCUCUCCAUGUGUGGAAUCGGCAUCCUCAUCUUCCAGGUGCUCAUGGACGUUGUCCCGAUGGAUCGGUUCCCCAGUGCCCUGGGCCUCAGCACCGUCCUGGCUGGUGUGGCUUCUCUCGUCUCUCCACCACUGGCUGGAUUGCUGCUGGACAUGACCAACAACUUCAGCUACGUUUUCUACAUGUCAAGCUGCUUCCUCAUCUCAGCCUCCCUCUUCAUGGCUGCGGGCUUCUAUGCUGCAGAGAAAAAGCAGCUAAAGCAAGAGGGAAAAGCCAAGGUGGAAGAUGCAGCUUCAGAGAUGACCCCGAUGCAAGGUCUUACUUCAGGAGACAAGGACAGUGCCAGGAAGAAACUGUGCCCUGCAAACAUGGAUGUGACCAAUGUCUGAGUUCCAGAGGUCACAUGUGACUUGUCUCUGAACUCUGAGGUCAGCGGGGGACCUUCCUUCCAGGAAGUAGAGUGUAAAAGUGGGCCUUCCUGGCUUUCUUCCAUGGGCCCUAAGAUGACGACGGUCUGAAUCCUGUUUGAAGAAGUCAUGGCGAGUUACCCUGGGCUGGCUCCUCACGGUUACACCUACAACCUAACACUCAGGGUCUUCUCAUCCAACCUUCCCAUGUCAGCUCUCCUUGUCCUUCUUGGACUGGAGACAAUUCUGAAAAAUUCUCCUUCCUUCCAAGAACUUCCUCCUCCUCUCUUCCCAAAUGACCAGCCCUGACCCCUCAGGUCAGGAAGAUUAAGGGUGCUACUUCAAAAAGCUGAGCCUCACGCUGACUGGAGCCAGAGGAGAGGCAGAGAUGGAGAGCCAAGCCGAGAAGUCAUCCUCAGUACUGCAUGGGGGCUGUUUGGCUGUUGGGUGGAGAACUGGCCCCGAUACCUAUGCAGACAGCAGGAGAGGAAACUUUUUUGCUGUCCUAGAAGGGGUGGUCCUCCUGCUUGGAUCUCAGAAGUCCCACGGUCUGAGCCAAGAUCUUCUCUUUUACCCCACACUGCAUCCAGGUAGAGGAAGGCAGACCUCUGCCUGACCAGGAGACAAGAAGGCCGGUUAGGCCACCUAAGGAGCAUUCUGAAAACUGGGCUUGUAGGCUCUGCCAUUGGCCUUGUGAGGUUCCCCUUUAUCCAGAAUCAAUCUAGGGUAUCAACCCUGAGACAGAAGCUGGCUAAGUCAGCAGCUGCUGCUAGCCUGAGCCCAGGGCCUGGAGCUGCUGUCAGAGGUCAUCACCCAGGGCUGGCUGUCGUCAGCUAAGGCUUGUCCCAGCAGGGCACUCCAGGGAAUGAGAAAACAGUCUGCUUGAAUUAUAUACAGAAACAUUCCCUGCAGUGGCUCAUGAACUCUGGGAUUAAUAAAGCAGGAAAACAGGCCUGAGUUCCCCCAGCUUGGCAGGAACUUCUUGGCCUUGUUUGUUGGUUCAGGCUGAACCAGGAUCUGACAAGAAAACCUUAUCAGGAAAAAUGAUUUUAUUUUCAUGACUGAUGCCAGCCUCCCUCCUCCACAUGUCCAUCUGGCAUGAAUAAGCAUCUUUAGGACUAUCCUGUCUCCUGUAAGAUGCGGUUGCCAGUGCCCCCUCACUGCCAAAGGGAGUACUGCAGGGGCGCGUUUGCUCCCUUGCUUAGUGGUGUUCACUAACUCUGGUUUUAGAUGGAGAUGUUGAGUGGAAAGGUGCUUGCUGUCAAGCCUGACAACUUGAGUUUGAUCCCUGGGACCCACACGGCGGAAGGAGAGGUCCCACUACCCCAAGUUGUUCUGUGGCCUCCACGUGUGCACUCUGGCAGUGCGCACAUACAAAUAAAAAUAAAAGUGAUUUUUUUAAAAA